AUGCCGAAAUAUCUUCUAUUAUAUUUCCUGUUUCAUAUAUUACUGAAGAUCCAGGAAGCAGGUACAGAAUCGAAUUUUCCAAAUCGCGAUAAAUUCGUGAAAGUACCCAACGCUCAAUUCCCUUCGGGUACUCCGAAGACAAUCAAGACAGUAACACUUUCAAAUUGUGCAAAUGACUGUCUGAAUACGUUAGCAUGUUAUUCUUUUGCUUUCGACGAAUCGAUAUCCAAAUGUUUACUGUACAAGACAUGGACUAGCAAAGUCAGACUUCAAAAUUCAUUAGAUUACAACUUCUAUCAGAAAAUAAGAUCAGCGAAAUGUCCAGUCAAUGUUAUUUACGGUGCCAUGCUUGAAAAUGCAGAAAAUAUCGCCGAACCAGAGCCAAAAUCUUACUUUUUUUGCAUGCUGGCUUGUAAAGAGAAUACUUCGUGUUAUUCUGCCAACUAUAACGCAGACACAUCCGGAUGUUACGUGAAUCACAGAAAUUCGUGGAGCGCCAAUAUCACUUUACAAUCGAGUAAUUGGAUAUACACGGAAAUUGAUAGAUGUAAGCCAACGUUUUAG